AUGGGAGUGAACGCGUACUCUCCAACCAAUGAGGCUGGGCGUAUCUUUGCCCUUCUCUGCGAUCAAGCAGAGAAGCUCAAUCUGCCCUCGGCCGCAGUGGAGGGGAAGGAUGCCGUGUCCUUCUGCUCCGACUACGACCAGGUCUACUUCCCGAUCCCCUUCAAGGAGACGGAAACCCUUGCCGCGUUGAAAGGCAUCGAGGGCUCUGUGGCGGCGGCCAUUGCAGAUCUGCGCUUCGGACACACCCAGGAAAACCGCCAUGUGAAAAUCAAUCUGGAACGGGCCACCGCGUUUGGCUGUCAGGCGUACAUGGCCAAGGUGGAUGGUCUUUCGAAGCUGGAUCCCCAGGUCAAGACAAAGCUCAAGGAUACUGAUCUGCUAGCUGCACAGUCCAAUGGGUAUCGUCGGAUGUCUGCAAAUCUGUACAGAACAAAGAACGAGGGCGAAUUCUACCAUAUCCACGGGUCCCUCGAAGCCACGACAACGCUAAACAUGAUCGGUCUGGAGGGUCACCGUCCCGAUUUGACUGAUUACGAGGAUGUUAUCAAGGUGAUCGAGGCUCAUGUGCGUAAAUUCACGUCGGCCGAGCUCGAGGACAUGAACCGCGAGAGACGGCAAGCAGGCGUGCCUGCGUUGAAGUAUGAAGAGUUCAUCAAAACGCCUCACGGCGCGCUCAAUGUGCAAUCACCACCGUGGACCGUGGACCGUCUCAAGGGCGACUUGCCUCCCACCCCCUUCCCGGCCAGUAAAACCGGUAGCAAGAGGAUUCUUGAAGGCGUCAAAGUCCUGGAGCUCUGCCGUAUCAUUGCUGGACCGACAGUCACCCGUGUCUUGGCCGAGUACGGUGCCGACGUGUUGAAGAUUACCAGCCCGAACCUGUCCGAUGUCCCCUUCUUCCAAGUCGACGGCAACAUGGGUAAACACGCAGCCGACCUCGACCUCAAGAGCGCCGAGGGCCGCCGUCGCUUCGAGGAACUGCUGGCGGAUGUCGACGUCGUUGUCGACGGUUACCGGCCCGGUGCGAUCGAAAAGCUGGGCUAUGGACCCGAGGCGCUGGCCGCGCUGGCCGAAAAGCGUGGCAAGGGCAUUGUCUACGUCAACGAGAACUGCUUUGGCUAUGAGGGUGAAUGGGCGGGACGUGCUGGAUGGCAGCAAAUCGCAGACUGCGUAACUGGAGUGGCAUGGGCACAAGGCCAGUUCAUGGGCAAUUCAACCCCGGUUGUCCCCCCCUUCCCCAUCUCCGACUACGGCACAGGCUGCAUGGGCGCCAUUGCCGCCCUGACGGGAUUGUACCACCGCGCCAAAACCGGCGGAUCGUACCACGGCAAAGCAUCGCUGAUGCACUACGACCUCCUCCUCUUCGCGGUGGGCCCGUACUCGCCAGAGAUGCAGAGGGAGCUCCGUGACGCCCAGCCGGCCGAGUUCUUCCAGCUGCGCCACUGCGACAGCGUGGACCGGAUCUCCUCGACCGCGCUGAAGAUCAUGCAGGCUCGCUUCCCGCACCUGUACGUGGCCCCAGGCAACGCGGAGGGCAAGCCUGCUCUCACCGAGAAGUGGUAUUCCAAGGCGUACGGGGCGGAGAUCGAGGUCGUCACCCCCGUGGCGGAAAUCGACGGCGUCGACAACACCUUUGUUCGUGCCAGUAGACCUAAUGGAAGCGACGAGGCUAACUGGGAGUUUACCACGAGCGAUUAA